AUGAGGCCAGCAGAUUACAUUUCAUGCAGCUUUGCGCUGUUCGUCUACAUCACCACCUUCCUGAUCGGGGUACCUGCCAACAUCCUGGCAUUCUGCACCUUUUGCCGAAAGGUGCGUCGCAAACCUGCCCCCAUCGACAUCCUGCUACUCAACCUGACUAUCUCCGACCUCAUCUUCCUUGCUUUCCUGCCCUUCAAGAUGAAGGAGGCUGUUGAUGAUUUUAACUGGACCCUCCCUUACUUUCUGUGUCCAGUCACUGGUUUCCUGUUCUACUCAACUAUCUACAACAGCACCCUCCUCCUGACCGCGGUGAGUGUGGAGCGCUUCCUCAGCGUGGCGUAUCCCGUAAGGUUCACAGCACCAGGCAGGGUUGUCCACGCACAGUUGGCCUGUGUAGUUUUCUGGAUCCUGUCCCUUGCACACUGCAGUGUUGUCUUCGUAAUGCAAUUAGACAAAGAUGCCGACAACACUACCUGCUAUGGGAAUUUCAAUGAUGUCCAGCUUAUUACCCUUCUCCCGGUACGCUUAGAGAUGUCCCUGGUUCUCUUCUGUGUACCCUUCCUGAUCAGCACCUUCUGCUAUGUCAACUUCAUCCGUAUCCUGUCUAGGCUUCCCAACAUCAGCCAGCACCGGCGCCUGCGUGCCAUUGGGCUGGCGUUGGGGACUCUGCUAGUGUUCGCCCUCUGCUUUGGACCCUACAACGUGUCCCAUAUGGUGGGGAUCAUGCAGAAUAAAGUCCCUACUUGGCGCAACAAUGCCAUUCUGCUCACCACCUUAAAUGCCUGUCUGGACCCCAUCGUCUUCUACUUCUCCUCCUCAGCUAUUAGGAGCACUCUCAACCUGAAGCGAAUCAAGGCUAAGCUCAAACCAAAGGCCACAGCCGCCCAUGCUGGUAAUACACCAGACCCUAUGGACUCCACCCAUUCGUCCAGCCAGAGGUUUGUCGCUGCUGCCAAAAGGGGGACAAAUUACACCCCACAAUGA